AUGCUCCUCUGGACGCUUUGCAUGGUUUUAUUUUUCCAUUCGAAAAUAUCAGGAACGACAAAUCCUUGGUAUGGUUGCCCCCAGGAUGAAAAUUUAGAUACAAAUUGUCCUGAUGGUUGGUUCAGCUUUGAAGCCAACUGCUACUCCUUCUUUGUGCAAAGCCAAUCUGACUACUUGUCUGCAAGAAAAAACUGUGAGACACAUGGUGGAUCAUUGUUGCGUAUUGAUAGUUUGAAUGAGCAUCAGUUUAUUUCCAACAGACUGAAUGAUAUUGCUGUAAACCGGUCUGUGCGAUGGUACACAGCCGGUGUUAUGCGUCCCGACUCUUUUGGUGAAUUUAUGUGGGAAGGCCAUCCUGUGAUGUAUCAAAAUGUCCGGUCAGAAUUGAUGUCUUUAUGGCUGGAUAUUAUACCUAGACCGUCUGAACGUCCUUCGUUUCCAAAGGACCGCACUCGCCUUGUUUAUGGAACUGACAGAAAUCGCUGGGGUUGGUACCUCGACACACCAAGCGUGAGAAGAGGCCAUAUUUGCCGAGCUCCUGUUGCAAACGCUAACCAACUUCUUUCUAUUUCAAAAUCAUUGGCUUAUGGGAGUGAUACACCGUAUCGAAUAGCAAGAGGCCCAUGUUUUAUUAUUCAUCCCAAGGAUGUAUUAUACGUUCAUCAAAUGAGCAGCGAAAAAUAUGCAGAGUUACGCUGCGAAGCAAAUGGUAAUCCUCAGCCAACCUAUAGGUGGUAUUACGUUAGCACUGAUAUGUGGACGAAUAGCACAGGAAGCACGAUGACAAUAUUGCAUCGCAUACUUAUCGAUGCGGCAUCUGAACCAUCUGGUCGCAUUUCCAUUAGUGCUGGAUCCUUAGUUAUUCAUAACCCCGACACAUCGACCGACUCUCAAAUGUUUCAGUGUGAGGCCAGAAAUAUUUACGGAUCCGUUCUCAGUCGGACUGCAAGAAUAAUAUUCGGCCAACUUGAAACGGCUCCUAAACAACCAAGAAACGAAAGAAUAGUAAUGUCUCAUCAAAGCGAAACAUUGCCUUGUGAACCUCCUGCCCAUUCACCUCCAGAUAGCCUGCUGUAUACCGUUUACAUGAACAAAAUGGGGAACUCGAGCCAGUUUUGCCGCAGGCUUAUUGGUUUCUCUGAAGUUACUGUAGUGGACAGUGGUACUUAUGUGUGUAUGAUAACGAUGCAGUUUGACGGUCAUCGUAUGUAUGAUUCACCGAAACUCCCAGAUAUGCCUUUUACUGUGCGCUACAGCAAUGAACCCAGACAAGAUCCAAGGAUAUAUGAUGACUUCCCAGCCGUUUGGCCUACAAAUCCUCAACGUGGUCAACUUGUUCGCUUGGAAUGUUUUGCUGCUGGUUACAGUCAACUGGAUGGUCUAAAAUACUCAUGGCGCAGAUUAGAUGGUGCACCUCUUCGAACAGAUUGUCUGAAAGACUAUGAUCGUGUGAUUGAAUUACCCAAUGUACAACCUGAAGACCAGGGUGAAUAUGAAUGUAAUGUUGAAGAUUCCCUAGGGAAAAUGGCAAGACCUAAAACCUUGAAUUUGAAAAUCACUGCUAAACCAUAUUUUACAACACCAUUACAAAAUACUGUAGUAGACAUAGGCACCGAUGUGUAUUUGACUUGUGAAGCAUCUGGCAUUCCAAAUCCUGCACAUGAAUGGUACAGAAACGAUAUAACAAUAAGUCAGUUGAUUACCACAGGUAAAUUAAAUCCAGCUCAGUACAAUAUUAUACAUGAUGGUCCAACACGAUCAACGCUACAUAUUCAGAAGAAUAAAUUGAAUAUCAAAAGUGGUGCUGUGGUCAUUACUAUUUAUUCUCCAAUUGCAGGUCAAACUUCAGACUCUGGGAUGUUUACUUGUUUGGCGUGGAACAGUUUGGGAAGUGAAUCUUCUUCAGCUGAACUACGCGUACUGGAACUAGCACCCACGUUUAGGAAGCAUCCUGUUAUGCCUAAUGAAGGUAUGAUUGGAAGCAGUGCAGUUAUGGAAUGCCAACCUGAAGGAGCUCCUGAAAUGACUGUAGAAUGGCUUCACGAUGGGACUGCUCUUACUACAAGUGACAGUUGGUUAGAUCCACAAACAGGAGGUGCAACUUGUGGGACUAAAUAUUGCAAACUACCCAGUAAAAAUCUGUUGAUAGUUAAUUUAGUCGAAUCAGAUGCUGGACAAUACACAUGUAUUGCUAAGAAUAUUUUAGGUCAAGCAGAAUCAAGUGCUUUAUUGACGGUAGUUCCACAACUAACAAUGAGUUUAACUCCGAUUUCUCGUGUUGUUUACCGAAAUUCUACAGUACUUCUUCCAUGUCGUGUUCAAAGUUCAUCGUACUUAGAUGUCAAUUAUGCUUGGUAUUUUGAGGGUGUCUAUCUUAAAUUUGACCGAUUAGAUUUGGAUGCCCGACGAUAUGAACUUGCUCAACUGUAUAGACCAUAUGGAAAUUAUUUCGGAACAUUAAAAAUAGUGAAUAUACAGUUUGAGAAUUCCGGGAAUUAUACAUGUGUGGCUGAAACACCUCUGAAUUCACAAUCAUCAAGUGGAGUGGUCAGAGUUGCUGGUCCUCCAGGACCAUGUGGAGGUGUAGUUGUUGAUUCUCAAGUUGGAGUGGACCGAGUGAAUGUGAGCUGGGCUGUUGGGACUGCACACUUAUUCCCAAUUCUAUAUUUCCAGAUUGAAGCAAAUGCUAUGUAUGACCCAUCGAAUAAAUGGACAGUUAUGGCUUCGAAUAUUAGCAUACAAAGUACAAAGCUACUUAAACCUUCAGAUCGACGAAUGACUUUUAUUGGUAAUUUAGCCGCUAAUAUGGCGUACAGAGUACGUGUGCGGGCAGGAAAUGCUUUAGGAUUGGGUGAGCCUAGUCCACCUAGUUUAUCAUUUACCACAUUGCCAACAGCACCCACUCUAAUGCCACAGAAUGUUACAGGAGGUGGAGGUAAACAUGGAACAUUAGUAUUUAAAUGGAUCCCGUUAACAAGAGUUAAUGAAAAUGGACCGAAUUUUCAUUACAGAGCUCAUAUUAAAGCUAAAGAAAAUACGGAAUAUUCUUUUCAUGAUUUAUGGACAGCAAAAAUGACAGAUGAUGAAAAAUUUAUGCAGUAUACUUUAACACUUGGAGAUAAUCUUUUCUAUAAACCUUACGAUGUUAGAAUACAAGCUGUUAAUAGUAAAGGUGCCGGUCCCUUGACUGAACCAGUAACAAUUAUGUCUGCUGCCCGUGUACCAACGAAUGCACCAAGCAGUGUAACCGCUGGAGCAUUUAAUUGUUCAGCUAUUCGAGUUUGGUGGAACCCUCCUCUUCCAUCAGAAGGUGAAGGUCCUACUUGGGGUUAUCGAAUCUUAUACUGGCCACGUAUAUCUGAUUGUCGUUCCCUUGAAUCAGAUCGUGCUAGAUAUCAGCUUGGCCAACGUCAAACAGUUCACGGAGAUGUGACAGAAGGUUUAAUUAUUGGACUAGAUGCUGAUACUUAUUACUGUAUUGCUGUUCAGAUAUUCAAUAGUGCUGGGGAUGGACCUGAAUCAAGUUUUACUGAGCAAACAACAUUUAAAACAGCCCCAAGAGAGUUUCCGACUAUGGUUACUUUAAAUGCAACUGGCAUACCUAAUACUAUUCGUGUUUCAUGGGUAGGAAUUCAAGCUAAACCAAAUGAAGAAUCAAUAGAAGGGUACUGUAUUCGCUAUUGGCCGACUGGCUCUCAGUUUAAACAAACUUUUAAAGAUGUUGAUGUCGGACUAAAGACCUUUGGUUUUAUCAGUGAUUUAAAAACUGAUGUAAGGUACAACCUACGGGUAUAUGGUUACAGUCGUGGAGGUGUUGGCACAAUGAGUUCACCAGUAAAUCAGUUUCAAAUUAUUGCUAAACAGAAAUGUAUACCUGGGGCAACUUGGGAUGGUCCAGAUUUUCGCUACAACUUUAUAUGCAAAGGUCAUUCUAUUGGUACAUCCCUGGCUUUCACAAUACUUCUGACAUUUUUAUCUACAGCUUUAAAAUACCAUAUAUAA